CGUUACCUAUCAUCCACGUGCAUCCACGUCGACCACGUCCCGAAUCGAAGAUCGAACUGAUCGAAGCAGUCGAAGGGAGCGUCUCUGUCCUCCACCGCUACGUCCGUAUAUUUGUUCACAAUGAACGCGUGGAUGCAAUACUUCAAAUCGAUCCCAACGCACAUGGAUUAUGACGGCCAAGCCAGAGCUGAGAAACUGUCGCGGAUCAUAAUAACGUUAUUUGGAGCGGUUGGCUUAGUCUGGGGAUAUAUCAUUCAACAAUUUUCGCAGACAAUCUAUAUUCUGGGAGCUGGGUUUGUUAUGGCGGCGUUAAUCACUGUACCUCCGUGGCCUAUGUACCGCCGCAAACCAUUGGACUGGCAGAAACCACAGUCCGAAGUUAUCACAAAGCUCAAAAAGAAGAAAUAAUUUCCGGACGUAUUUAUGAUACCUUUAACGAAAUCUAAAUAAAAUAUGCAAUCUUCAAUGACGCAAAUUUGAUUGCUGAUAGUGCAAAUCUAAUGAACUGAGCAUUUAUUUUUCGGCAAUUAUGAGACAAAUGUUCUUAAUGAAUGGAUAAUGAAUGCAAGCGUAUAUCGGAGCAAGUAUGAAUGAUAGACCUUAAGGUUUUUCUUUUGGUAAGAUACACGUAUUUAUACUUUAAUGUCUGUUGGCUGUAUAAGUGAUUGCAAAUAAAAGAAUAUUAUAUAUGUAUAAAAAUAGAUUUCUGAACUUAGGUAAUGACCUUAUAAGUAGUAAUGAAUCGAGAAAACUUUAUGAGUCAGUUGAUAAUAUUUUUAUGCCGGCUUUUAUGAGAAUAAAAUAAAUUGUUACUGAUA